CUCCCCCUCUCCUCUCCAUUUUCUUCCCAUCCCUUCCAACAGAAUGAGGACAGCCCCAGUCCAAAGCGUCAGAGACUAUCUGGCCAAUCAGUGCUGGAUCUCUCCACGGUGGCCCCACCCUCCAACCCCUCUCCACCAAUGAGGCCGUGGGAGCUGCCCCACAGUCGCAGACCUCCCCCUAACCCCCACCCCCACUACCACCAGGAGCGCUGCCAUACACCUGUCAGACACAGACACAGUCCUCCAGCACGUCGCCAGCGUGGCCGUCUCUCCCGUACCCCCCGUCACCACCCUCCUCCUCCUCCUCCCCACCACCCCUCCCCUCCUCCCCCCUCCAUCCGACUGGACCCCCAGGACCAAAGCUACCGCCACCACUACCCUCACCCCCACCAGAGCUACCCUCACCCCCCUCCUCCCCCCUACGGCCAGCCCCCAGCCCCUGCCGGAGGGGGCGUGGAGGAACCUCGAGCGUUCCACCCCCCCGCCCUGUCUCCACGGUUACUGCACCCUGCUGUCCAUCAUUCUCAUCAAGCGGCUCACCACCACACACAGCAGCAAGGAACCAUGGUCAUGGACCUACAUGAACAGGCCUCAGUCCCAGUCUCCUACACGGUGACUCCUGUCCCUUCUCAUCAUGGUCUGGUAACUCCUCUGUAUACAGGACAGCACCUCCCUCCUGUCUGCUCCUCUCAACAACAGAUCCCAGCCUGCAGUGUGGUCUUCAGUACAGGACAACACUACCACCCUAUGCUGGGGGCGUGUUCGGUGCAGCAUUUACCUGUGCCCUACUCCUUUCCCUCCCUCCUCUCCAGUGAUCCCCCUUUCCUCCUCCCCCCUCCCCACCUCUCUCACCACCCCCCCCACCUCCCUCCACCUGGACACUUCCUUCCCUUCCCGACACAACAGUCCAGAUCGCCGUUGCAGAGGAUAGAGAACGAGGUGGAGCUGCUUGGAGAGCACCUGUCUGUGGGAGGGGGGUUCAACUACCCUCAUGGAGGACACCACCCCUCCUCCCUGCCCCCCUCCACACCCCUCCAGUUCCUGUCUCAUCACGACUCCCUGUCACAGGAGCUGUUCGGAGUGCCGUACCCCCACUUCAUGCCUCGGCGAAUCACAGGGCGUCGUUACCGCUCCCAGCAGACCGUGCCCCCGGCCCCCUACCACCCAGGCUUCCUGCCUUACUUCCUGUCGAUGCUUCCAGUGGUUCCUACAGUCGGUCCUACCAUCAGUCUAGAGUUAGAUGUGGAUGAUGGAGAGGUAGAGAACUAUGAAGCCCUGUUGAACCUAGCAGAGCGUCUGGGCGAGGCCAAACCCAGAGGACUGACCAAGGCUGACAUAGAACAGCUUCCCUCCUACCGCUUCAACCCCAACAACCACCAGUCAGAACAGACACU